AUAAUUCCUGACACAGAAUGUCAGUGAACCAUUUAUUUGGGAAUAAGAAGAGAAACAGCUCUAUAUUAUAUGGUGUGGAUCAGGCCAGAGUGACUGCUUCGACUUCAUCCUUCCAGAGAACUACAAGUAACACUGGAAACCAUGGAGAUGGAUUUCCACCCAAUAAGCGCUAUAAAACCCUUGCCACAACUGGGCAUAAAGAAAUGGAAGAUCCAUUUCAGGACAGUGAUGAUUUCACUGCAGAUGACUUGGAGGAAAUUGAUAUUAUUGCUUCCCAGGCAAUGACACAAAAUGUUUCUGUAAACACAAAUGCAUCAAGAGCGGAGCAAAAUAGAGAACUGUCUUCACUGUCAAAAAGUACCACCAAUGCAGCAGAUCACAUCAAGCAAUGGAAUUUCAACCUUGCAACUGAGACAAAAUCUAAGCCAGUAUUUGGAAGUAGUACAGAAGAAACUAAAGACAAAUUUCGGCUUGAAAUACUUCAAGAACAAUAUGAGGAAGCUAAGAAAAAGCUGAAGCAAAUGCAGAAUGAAAUCCUCAUUAAAAGUGGAGAAAUCAAGGUUCUGCGGGACUCAAUGCAGCAGAUGGAAUCUGUUGUGGAAGAACAGCGGAAAUCUUUUUUGGUGCUGGAAAACGAGAAAGCUCAAAUUUUAAGUGAAAAAGAAAAAGAGUUUUCUAAAAAGUUACAGUCCCUGCAGUCUGAGCUACAGUUCAGAGAUGCUGAAAUGAAUGAACUGAGAAUAAAGCUUUUGAACUGUGAAAGAAUUAAACCUGUUACCCCUUCAGUUUCAUAUACCAGUCCCAAGAAAACUCCUCCAAAACUCCUAAAAAUUGAAGGAAGUACUCAGAUUGAAAAAAAAGGUUAUCCCACAAAGGAUUCUUUUGGGUCUGAGAUACCACCUAAAGUAGCUUGCUCUAGAAUACCAUUGCAAGGCCAGACUCCCUGGUUUAAUAAGGACAGUAAGAUGCCUGACCUUGAAACUGAGACUGUGAAGCAAGAAAUGAGUUAUGUUCGCGCUCAAAGGCAAGGUUCCAUUUUGAUAAACACACUGAUGAAGCAGCAUGUUGUUCCAGAAUCAUCAUUAGGACUCUGCUAUCUUCUUAGUCAUAAUCUUGAGUUUCAGCCUAGUACAGCCAUUCUGCCUAAUUCUUCCAACACAGGCUCUGCAAGGAGCUCCAGUGAUGGAACUGAAAGUUCUCAAGAAGAAGAGUCUUCAUUAAAAAUUGCUCAAAAUCUUGCCUUGACAGGAUUAAAUUUAAUUGCUGUAGAUGAAGGUUCAUUGGAAGAAAGCUCAGAAGAAAGCAGGAGACAAAUCUCUCACCCAAAGCGCUGUAAAAUUGCUGGGGCAGUACACCUUCUUCCCCUUUUGGAGCAUCACAUUAGUGCCUAUCACCAAGCCCUCUCGUUAAUGACAAAAACUGGAAGUAAUUCUUCUGGAAACCAAUCCACGUCUUCCUCCAGAAGCUCCUCAAGUAGAACAUCAAGUGUAGAUGAUAUCUUAUCUGCUCUAGAAGAGUUAGCAAUUGUGUCUCUGGGCAUUCUUUAUUAUUUGGUAUUUUACAGCUGGGAUGUUAUUUACAAGCUACUUUCCUCGAAUGUGAAACCAGAUUGUGGUUUGGGAUGCACAGAAAUGGUGGAGAAGGACAAGACUAUCACCUGCAGUAAGCAUCUCAGAUCCAACCCUCAGGAACCCAAUCCAGAACUAGAUGUUUCAAAUGUUGACCAGUCCCAACAUCCUUUGUUUAAAAUGGUGCUGCAGCUCCUGGCUUCAUGUGCCACAUCAAUGGGGUGCCAGAGACAUGGCAUCAUGAAUCAGUGCCUGAGAGUGUUGGUGAAGUUGGCAGAAAGAUCAACAACAGACUUAUUAUUAAGUUUCCAAACUUUGUUGCAUAGCCAAACACAGACUCUGCUCCGUUGCAUAUCCCCUGAAAGCCCCUUGUUUGUCGUCCAUCUAACGGUUAAGCUGUUAACAUUGCUCGCAGACCACCAGGAGCUUGCUCGUCAGUUUUGUUCAAGUUCAGAAACCUGUCUCCUUUUGGCGCUCUACAUGUAUAUCACAUCACGACCAGAUAAAUCAGCAUCUGAGAUGCUUUGGCUGCAGUUGGAACAAGAGACUGUUCGCUUCCUGACCAAGUGUGUGCAGUGUUGCAGCCAGUCUGUUUUACUUGUUGGAACACAAUGCCAGUGCAGCUCUGAGGUAGUGAAGGCUCUAAUUGUAAUGUUACAUAGGCAAUGGCUGACAGUCGGAAAAGUGGAAGGAAACUUGUUUGAUGUGCGUGGAAAGCAAGUGAUUCAGUUUUUACGGGACACUGUUUUGCUCUUGCACAGCCUGUCUCAAAAGGAUAAACUCUUCCAUGAACAUUGCCUGGAAGUGCUCCAUCAGUUCGACCAUGUCAUGCCUGGUGUCAGAGCAAUCCUCCGAAAAGCUGGAAAGCUGAAAGUCUGUGAAGAACUUGCAUUGGAUGAAGCUUAUCCUUUGGAGCCAGAAGUUGAAGAUCAAGAAAUGGAAUGCAAUUAAUGAUUAGAUUGAUUAAUUUUUGGACAAUGCUGACUCUAAAACUAACUGAAUACAAUAUUCUUAAACGUAUUGCUUAAAAUAUAAAAUUGGCUAAAGAUCAGUUACAAGAAACUCUAUCACAGUGGAAACAAUACUCUUUUUUACUAUUUUAUUAAAUUGAUUUCCCAGCAUAAUGUAAAAUAUUAAAGCACUGAUAUCUGAAGAAUGUGAUAUUAAAAAUUACAUAUCGAAAA